AUGUGGUAUGCUAAAGUAUAUGACCCAUUAACUGCGGGUAGUAUCGAUGGUACCGAUACCAUAGCUCACGACCACGCCGUUCAGAGAGCACAGGAAGCUGUCUACAAACCGCCCAGCACAAAAAAUCCCAAUAUCACAAACGACCCGAUUAAUACAAUUUUCGUUGGAAGACUCAAUCCUCAAACAACAGAGGGCGAGUAUACCCUACGCGAAAUAUUUGAGAGGUUUGGAGCAAUCAAAAAGCUUCUGACUGGUGACUCGAGAGGAUAUGCAUUCAUCGAAUACACUCACGAGAAGUCAUGUCAAGAUGCGUACAAGAAUGCGAAUAGAAUGACACUUGAUGAUAAACAAAUCCUUGUUGAUUACGAGAGAAGUCAUAUGAUGCAAGGUUGGGUUCCAAGGAGAUUAGGAGGAGGAUUUGGUGGCCGGAAAGAAUCGGGCCAGCUACGAUUUGGAGCCAGAGACAGACCGUUUAAACGACCCUUCGUUAUGAUGAUUGCUGGCGACGAGACUUUCUUCAAUCGUCGAAUCAGUCGCACAACCAAUCCACCCGGUCAGUCUUCCAACAAGCGACCGCCUCUCACUUCUCGUCUAUCUCGACCAAUUCUAUAA